AUGUCGGAAUUCGAGAUGAAGGAUUUGGGCAAAACCAAGUUCUGUCUAGGUCUGCAACUUGAACAUUCCCCUGAUGGGAUUCUAGUGCACCAGUCGGCCUACACCCAGAAGGUGUUGGAAAGAUUUGGAUUUGAUAAGGCAUAUCCUUCUAAGACCCCGAUGGUCGGAAGAUCUUUACGGCCAGACAAGGACCCGUUCAGGCCAAAGGAAGAGGGGGAGGAAACUCUGGGACCAGAGGUUCCUUACCUGAGUGCAGUUGGAGCACUCAUGUACCUCGCAAAUUGUACACGGCCAGACAUUGCGUUCGCCGUCAGUUUGCUUGCUCGGUACAGUUCUGAACCUACCAAAAGACAUUGGAAAGGUGUCAAGGACGUCUUCCGUUACCUGCAAGGGACCAAAGAUCUUGGUCUAUUUUAUAAGAGGAAUCAAGACCUAUCUAUUAUAGGCUAUGCCGAUGCUGGGUACCUGUCGGACCCGCAUGAUUGCAAAUCGCAGACUGGAUAUGUUUUCCUUUGUGGUGGAACUGCGUUUUCCUGGAAAUCGUCCAAGCAAACACUUGUGUCGACUUCCACGAACCACUCGGAAAUCAUGGCACUAUUCGAAGCGUCAAAAGAGUGUGUAUCGCUUCGGCGGAUGAUCGGCCAUAUUCAGCAGACAUGUGGGCUGAACACCGUACAAACCCCUACCAUUAUCAAUGAAGAUAAUGCUGCUUGUGUUGCACAAGUCCAGAUGGGUUAUGUGAAGAGUAACCUCACAAAGCAUAUUAGUCCCAAGUUCUUCUAUGCACAUGAGCUGCAACAGUUGAACGAGGUCCUGUUCCUUGGAUCAGAUGGCGGCGACGUCAACGUCACGGCGCUGUUCCACUUCAUGAAGGUGUCGCCUUGUUUGCUCGUGGGCGUACCCGAUGAUGGUUUUUUAGACAUUGGACAUCUUUUUGGUUCGAGCUGUUUCUCUUGCCCGUGGUAG